GGAGGAUAUCGAGGAAAGGGCAUUUGUUGGGGGAGGGUUUUGUUUUUAGCAGAACAAGUCUCAGCUGGUUCAGACUGGUUUCUGCUGCACACCUCUGAUUGGCCAGCACUGUUAAUGUGUUUUUCUAUUUGCUAAAGUAAUCUUGUACUAAUGCUUAUCUAAGUAUGUUUUACUCUUUUACAAGGCUUGAUAUUUUAAGCUUACUGCAUGAGUAAAGUCUAGUGCUGUAUGAUAGUGCUAUAGUACCUGACUGUGCACUGUGUCAUACUAGACUUGUGGACGUUUGUGCACUCAGCAUGGGGUGCGCAUUUAUUUUUCAUAUAUUUGCAGUCUUGCUUUGUUACUUGCGCUAUAGAUUGCCUGCCGAAUUUUGAGAAUGUCUCACUCUCGAUAUUUAGAAUACACCGUUCUGUGUGUGUGUGUGUGUCAGGGAAGGAGCGUGGUAACCAGGAUGUGUAAAAUUAAUAACAUGCUAACAGUCUUUCCAUAUAUGAGACCUGUGGUAAUAUACUGGUGAAUUGGUUUUUCCUCAUAGUGAAGAAUUGGCUAUGUUGAAUACAUGUGAUAAUAUUACAUUUUAAUUAUAGGUAAGAAAAGGGCAUUCAAAGACACCCCCCAGUACUGGUAACAUUUGGUAUAGCCCUGUACCCUGUAUAGCUUUCUCACUUCAACCGACUUUUUCCGUCUCUCCAAACACACCCUUGGCUAAUUUAGUGCCAGUGAAAUCCAUUCUUACAGUUUUAAUGCUAACCAUUGAAUAAUAUUCAUUGUUAUUUUUGCAUUAAAAAAUAAUAAGGACUAUAACCACAAUUAACUCUGUUCUGGACAGAAUAUAAAAAUGCAUCAAUAAUUGGAUCAGGCUUUGUUCUGUUACACUGAACAACAAUAUAAGCAUGCACACACCUAAAGUUUUGUUGGGAACCCCUGCUCUAGAACUCGGGUGACUCAGCAGAUUAGACAGUUUCUCAGAAUUUUAUAACAGAUUAAACAAUAACUUGCCCAGGAUCUUUAAUAACAUCUUUCCCUUGAUGGAGUAGUCUGAUUUUAUUGAAAUCGAAUAGCUAUAUUGUAUGUUAAUAUGCAGAUCGGCUCAUUACAUUUCAACACCAUUCUAGUGUUCUUUUAUUUUUAUUUGACUUAUGGAUAAGAUGAUCGCUGCAUCAUAAAUUGUGCGGUUUUGAAAUCUGACUAACACUUUAAAAGUGCCAGCAUUAACGGAGCAUGUCUGAUGCCUGUUGGGAGGGGAUUGGCUUUUAAAUGUGGCUUGGAGAGACAUUUACACUUGUUAAACAUGUGGCUAAAAUGCAUCUCCGUCCUCUGGAUUUAAAUCUGUAGCAUAUGUGUCUUGGGUGCAUUUACAUGUUAAUUUUUAUAUGUAUAGUCCCUAUCCCUGAUACUCAAGACUCAUGAAAGUGUAAACCUGCCAUAAGAGGUGGUAUAAAGUUGAUUCCCCUUGAGAUCAAGAUUCAUUAAACAUAGACAGACGCCAAGUUAUGAUCAAUAGUCCCAAAUGAGGAAACUUGUUUUACUAUAUUGCUAAAUUUGUUUAAAUGUUUGUAAAUGGCUACUUCCUCCUGUUAUUUUGAGGGGCAGAGGUGUUCUUGGCAAUGGAGGCUGACUAGAGACAUUUGUCUCUGUGCAAUACUUGGCACCUGAAGGUGCAGAAUUGAGCUUAUUGUGGAAAGUGUAAUAAAGGAUAUAAAUAUAACCCAUGAACCGAGCCAUGCUUAUGUGAUCCUGAUUUAGCCAUGUUUUGAAUUGGACCAAGUUAUGAAAUGAAUUACCAUUGUCGAAUCACAAGACUGAUCAUAGUUUCUCUUUGAACUCAUGUACUUGAAUAUAACAGUGUGAACACAUGCCGGUUUAACACAAUUCAGAGGAAAGACAAACUUAAUUUUCUCAGCUAUUAGAUCUACAACAUGCCAACUCUAAAGGACAUGUGGUACUCUCACUCAAGUUCUCAUUAUUCCUUCUUUCCUUCUACUUUUUAAAAAUCUGUUAACCAAAACCUCUGUCUUCUUUAAGCAUAAUUCGGUAAACACUGAAUAGUCGAGUUCGGUUACCUGACAUGAUGAUAAUUUUUCUUCUUCACUGAGUAUGUGAAAGUGGUAAGUAGUGUUCUGAUUUGCUACACACUUUAUGGUAAGAAAACUCACAGACUUAUUAUUAGAAGACUAGAUUUUGUAAUUUAAGCAUAUACAGGCUUCAGGUUAUUAAACACAUGGCUUUGUCUUGCUCCCUCUUGUGUUGAGUCAGAGUUGCACAUCCUGUCACCCCUCUACUUUUUGAAAAUGGUUUGGUCUGGGACUAGCAGUAAUUUUCCAUCCUGUUUGCUCAGUGCUGCAGUGGGGGAUGGGGAUGGUGUUUCUUUUUCAUGGAUUUUGGUCUUUUUUUUUUCUAAUUUAAGUUAGAAGUUUUUCCUUUCAGAUGUUAACAUUUCGCACCGCACAUUUAAAUGACAUUUUGAAGUUUUGUUUUUUUUUUUAUUUAAAAAAAAUGUCCUGAGGUAUGAAAGAUUUGCCAUGUGAAGACAAAUCUUGCAUACAGAACUGUCCAGAUUAUUAGUCUAUUGUUGUUUGUGGUAUUUGUGAUUGUGACUAGUGUUCCUACACUGUGCUCUGGUGUUGCUGGGAAGAUCGCAAAGAAUAUGCUCCACCCCUCUGUGCACGUGGUACAGUCCCAGCUCAACUUCUCUCCCUCACUCUGUCUCGCCUAUAUAUAGGGUGAGCAAGAGUAAGGCCAGUUGCACUCGCAUUCUUGUUCAUGGCCUACGUCUGAAGCUCACGCAGGUUCCUGUAAAAUUGUGUGGGCAAUUCCCUCCAUGAACAAGGAGGUACAGCGGAACACAGCGAUCAGUUUAACCAGGUGAAAAAAUGGAAGUUGCCGUUCCAGAAGAGCCUCAGAAGAAAAUAUUCCGCGCUCGAAAAACCAUGAAGAUGAGCGAUCGCCAGCAGCUGGAGGUGCUGCAUAACACCUUGGUGACGGCGAACCCAAACUCCUCCUCCUCACGGCCCCAGACACCACUGGUGAACGGAACGCACGGGGAGGAUGGAGCGAAGGGGAAAGAGAAGGACAAGGAGACUGGGACGAAGUCUCCUGCCUCACCGUUGUCACGUGCUUCUCCAUCUCGCUCAGUCUCAAUCUCGCGAUCGCCAUCUCCGGCUGUCAGUGAAAAUCGAAACCCUUCACCUUCUAUGAAGAAAGGCUCCGAGAAGGGCAAAGGUGACGAGAAAGACCAGAAGGAUGAUAAGAAGGCCGAAGAAAUCAAAGCUGACCAGAUCGAUAUCACCAAAUCUGCACGCACCGGUUCUCCGUCGGUGUCUGACAAGAAGGCAGAGCAGAAAAAGACCGCAACAGACCAAGCGUUGAACGGCGAGCUGCCCAUGGAUACAGACAGCACUUCCCUUGACAACGGUUCAGCGGAGGACAAAAGCAGUAAGAGCAUCUCCUCCUCGUCUCCUUCCGGCUCUCCGGCCGCCAGCCUGGAGUGUGACCCGGAAGUGAAAGAGGGGUUUCUCUGCCUCAGUGAGGAAGAUGAGGGUCAGGGAGAGCAAGAUGAGGCGAAAGACAGAAACGAGGAGAAGAUGGAUGUGGAUCCUGAGAAAGAGGAGAAGAAAGAGGGAGAGAAAGGGUGUAAUGUGGCAGAUGGCACAGGCACCAGCACACCUUCUGGUAAAAAGAGGUCCUUGUCGCCAAUCGAGGGAAAAGAUGGAUGGAAAGAUGGGGAGAUCAAGGAGGAGAGAGAUGGAAAGAGAGCAAGGGUGGAGGGAGUGCAGUUGGAGGCUCAACUGGAGCUGAAGAUCACUGCCAACGCAGGAAGCCGUCUGAAACUGGAAAAGGUGGUGCAGCAGUUGGUGGAGGAGCGCUUGCGUGUGCUGCAGAUGACCGUGUUCGACUGCAAUCUACAAGAGCUUAAGGACAGAAUGGAGAAGAUUGAUUCCACCACCAGACAGCAGAAAACUGUCCAACAUACCCUACAGAGUAAGAUUGCACGACUUACCAAGAAGUUUGGAGCUGCUAACCAGGCGUCUGAGAAUUCCAAAAAAGCUCAAGAGGCUGCUGCUGCCGCCGCCAAUGCUGCUAAGCCUACUCCAACACCCACGACAACCCCAACAACUCAACGCACUAUAAGGACCACUGUGGACCCAAAGCUGCCCAAUCCUUCUGCAGCAGCAUCCAGUUCUACUGCUACUCCGACUCAGCCAAAACCUCUCUCCACUCCAAGUACACCGACCUCCUCGGCACUGGCUGCACCUGCGCCCAUCCUCCAACUCAUAACCACAACGACAAACUCCACACCCUCCUCCUCCAGCUCUUCUCUGAGUGGCCAGGCCCAAGCAGGCACUCUACUUCUGCAGUCCCGCCCAAACACGGGUGGCAUGACAACCAACACAGCCACGUCAGCCGGCCAACCGAUGUCCAUCCAGCCUUUGCUGAUACAGCUGCCCCUGGCUAUGGCUAAUGGCCAGGGUGGGACCAUAGCUGGAGGAGUUGGCCUGAUUCCCGUGUCCUCCUUAGCCACGGUUACCAGCCUUAGCAAGGCCAAGACCACGACAGCCACCACUUUUAUCUUGCAGAAGACUGCAGGAAGUGUUGUGACAUCAUCCUCCUCUGCUCCCUCUUCCUUGACCUCAUCAGCGUCUUCGGCAGUGACGCAGAUGCCACCUAGUAGGCCAGUGUACCAGGGUGGCACGGGCACAGCAAGCUCACCCAAUGCUGGCAUCUCUGUGACAACGGCCCGCGCCCCAACACAGUGCGCCACCGUCGUCGGAAUGGCCACCGCUUCAUCGUCCCCGGCGACCACAGGCCCUGCUGCAACAGGCUCGGCAGCAGCCGCGGCUGGUCCUCCAUCAGUCUCUGAGAUGGCAUCCAAAACAGAUAAUCAAGCCACUCAUUCUGCUCCAGCCAAAUCACCUGCUCAGCCUGCUCGUCCCAAGGGCUCGGUCAUUGACCUAACUGAGGAUGAUGAUGAUGUCCAAGUUACUGGUGUGCAGAAGGCUACUGCUCCUGCCAUUCCUACCAAUACCCAGCGACCUCCAGGGCCUCAAGCAUCACAAGUGAGCUCCACCUCUGUUGCAGGUCGCUCUGUAGCGCAGCAUCGACCCUCAGUGGACUCCCCCUCUAAAUCUCGCACAAGCUCUUCAUCCUCGGCUACUCUUCCGCAGUUGCCAUUAACCCCGCCCGCACCAGCUCGUCUGCCUCCAGAGGCAGCUCACACGUCUCCACCUCAGCAGCCUCAGCUGAAGCUUGCACGUGUGCAGAGUCAGAACGGCAUUGUGCUGUCAUGGUGCGUGUCUGAGACUGAGCGAAACUGUGCACCUGUGGACAGCUACCACCUCUACGCCUACCACCAGGACCAGCAGAGUGCAUCGGCGGGAUCAUCCACACAGUCGCCCUCACACUCGCUGUGGAAGAAGAUUGGUGAAGUGAAGGCACUGCCGCUGCCCAUGGCCUGCACUCUCACCCAGUUUGUGUCCGGUUCUACGUAUUACUUUGCAGUCAGGGCCAAAGACGUGUACGGCCGCUUUGGGCUGUUCUGUGAGCCCCAGUGUACCGAUGUUAUCAACCCACAGUCUUAAGUUGAUGUAACGAAUUGUGUUAGUUAGCGAAGGAAAUUUGUGGAGUAGUCGUCAGAAAUAUCCAAACUGUGGGAGAGACUGAACUGCUAAUGAUGCAUCAGACUACUUGUUUAGUUAGGAAAUGUCCCCAGAAUUGGAUAGGAUGUUUAAAAUAGACACACAUACCCCACAGAAACAGACUUGCACACCAGUCAGUAAUUUGACGCUAUUUUAAGGAAAAUGGGGAAUUGGCACUGGUUUGACUUGUGCCACAAACGGUAUUUUCCACGUGUAGAAUGACUGUACAGUUAAGUGUUGAACCAAUAGGUCAGAUAUUUAUACAUCGUGUUUGGUCCGUUCCAAAUUUUUCAUUUUUCUUUUCUUUUCUUUCUUUCUUUUUUUUUUUUAAAAAAAGAAUGUUUGGUUUUUUUUUUGUUUUUUUUUUUCUAAUAAAAUGACUUUCAAUCCAUUGCACAUAUGCUCCAUAAAACAGCAUGGUAUCAAGCUACAUGGAAAGACAAUGGUGGCAUUAUUGCUUUUGUAAUGUUCUGUCUGGUAACCAGACGCCCAAAGAACAACCUUCAAAUAAAGGUAUUUAAAAUGGAGGGAAAAAAAAUCCCUGUCGCUUGAACUUGAUUUUGUAACUUUAAUUUAAAGGUAUAAUGUGUAAUGAUAUAUUGGAGAACGUAUACAGUACCUCCACUAUGUGAAACUAGACAGAUGUAGCUAUACGCUCACUGAACAUGUUAGAAAACCUGUACACCUAGUCAUUCAUGCAAUUAUCUAAUCAGCCAAAUGUGUGAUAGCAGUGCAGUGCAUAAAAUCAUGCAGAUACAGGCCAGCAGCUUUGGGUAAUCUUCCCAUCAAUCAUCAGAAUGGGGGGAAAAUGUGAUCUGUGAUUUUUGUCCCUGGCAUGGCUGUUUGUGGCAGACGGGCUGGUUUCAGUAUUUCUAUAACUGCUGGGAUUUUCACACACAGAACAGUCGCUAGGGUUUAGUCAGAAUGGUGCAGUAAAGAAAAAAACUUCAAGUGAGUAGCGGUUCUGCUGAGAGAAAAACCUUGAUGAGCGAGGUCAGUGGAGAAUGGCCAGACUGGUUUGAGCUGACACAAAGGCUACAGUAACUCUGUACAUUUGUGGUGAGCAGAAAAGCAUCUCCAUGCACAACAUGUUGAACCUUGAUGUGGAUGGGCUACAACAGCAAAAGACCACAUUGUAUUCCACUUCUGUCAGCCAAGAACAGAAAGCUGAGGCUGCAAUGGGCACAGACUCACCAAAAAUGGACCGUUGAAGACUGGAAAAAUGUAUCCUAGUUUGAUGAAUCUUUAUUUCUGUUGAUGCACACUGAUGGUAGGGUCAGAAUUUGGCACCAACAGCAUUUAUACAUGGACCAAACCUACCUUGUGUCAACAGUCCAGGCUGGUGGAGGUAGUGUGAUGGUGUGGGGAAUAUUUUCUUGGCACUCUUUUGGUCUGUUAAUACCAAUCAAUCAUCGUUUGAAAUCCAGUGUAUUUGAGUAUUGAUGCUGACCAUGGCACGUACAUCCCUUCAUGGCCACAAUUUACCUAGCUUCUAAUGGCUACUUCCAGCAUGAUGAUGCACCAUGUCACAAAGCAAAAGUUGUCUCAAAGUGGUCUCAUGAACAGGACGAGUUCAAUGUUCUUCAGUGGCCUUCCCAGUCACCAGAUCUGAAUCCAAUAAGAAUAAUCCAUUGGGAUGUUGUAGAAUGGGAGUGUCUCCGCAUGAAAGUGCACUUGAAAAAUCUGCAGGGAUUGUGGAAUACAGUCAUGUUAACAUAGACCAGAAUCUCAAAGGAAUGUUUCCAACGUCUUGUGGAAUCCAUGGCACAAAGAAUUGAGGCUGUUUUGAGAGCAAAGGAAGGCUCUAACCAGUAUUAGUAUAGCGUUCCUAAUAAAGUGCUCCGUAAGUAUAUUGCUGCCUCAUGUUGAGAUUCCCAGCAAAAACAUUUCUUUAACUGAGCUCCAUUAACAUAUAAGUAUUACAAAUCCAGCCGUUUUUAUCGAUCCAAACUCUCCACAAAAUGUUUCACUCUAAGCAAAACGUGAUAACUGCUCUAUAUGCACACACAGAAAAGCCAACUCUUUAAGUAUGGAC